AUGGAGCGGUACCGUUUUGGAGUUCUGGGCGAUUCGUCGCUGUACUGCAAGGGGCCUAACAAGCAGCGCAGGAAGCUGGGAAACCGUCUGUGGGAGCUGCUUGGUUCCGAGGUCUGGUACGAGGCGAUAGCCAGUGCAGGUGUGGCCCAACUCCUGCAGAAGAUCCGAUCGGGCCCUCAAGUUGACACAUUGGGCGUGUCAUACUUCGGGAACGACAUCAUGCUGGCCCCGAUCACCGAGCAAGUGGAGGCGGACUGGAGAGAGUUCAUCCACGCUGUAAAGCUGAAAUCGCGGCGGUCCGUUUUUGUGAUUGGUGGCUUUGCUGCGAAGUAUCGGGGCAUGCAGCUCUCCUCCGCCUAUGACCAGAACCUGCAAUACGUGAGGAGUCUUGUGGAGAGUGAAGGUCUCUACGUGACAGACUUACGUCAGAAAGUGCAGAAGUGGAGGCUCUGCAGCGAUGGCGUCCACUGGCACGAGGAUGAAAAGGAGGACGUCUGCGCCACCUGGGCCCGCCUGCUGCGGGGCGAAGUCCCCCCUUCCUGCGACAUGGACUCCGAGGACUUCGCGGAGGACUCCGAGCCACCAGGCGAGGCACCAGGCGGCCGAGCAGCCUGCUGGACCUCGGCUUCACGGCUGCCGAAAACUCUGCACGUGCCCGACACCGGCUUCCAGGACGCAGAAUGGGAGGGCUCCCGCUCCCAGGAAUCCCGGGCCUCGCAAGCCAAGAGCUUCUGCGUCACGGUCUUCAGGCACGGGAGGGAGAAGCUCGGGAUCCGUCUGGAGGCCGUUUCUGGCCUAGGCUACCACUCGGCAGCACGCGUGCACAGGAUCUUCGAAGGUGGCCUCAUCGACCGAUGGAACCGGACGCAGGAGUCAAAUGGCUUACAGGGAUGGGCAGUCCAGGUCGACGAUGUCAUCGUAGGCCUGAACGGACAGCACGAGUUCUCAAGCUCCAGUUCGGAGUUUCAGACGGCUACCACGCUGAACCUGCUGAUCAUGCGGGGAUUGCCCCUGAAGCUCUCGUGA